AUGGCUCGAGGACAUCAGAAGAUUCAAUCACAGCAGAAAAAUGCCAAGAAACAAGCAGAACAGAAGAAGAAACAAGGACACGAUCAGAAAGCCGCAGCUAAAGCAGCUCUAGUAUACACCUGUUCUGUUUGUCGGACACAAAUGCCAGAUCCCAAAACCUUCAAACAACACUUUGAGAGCAAACAUCCAAAGGUGCCACUGCCUCCAGAGCUGGUUGGAGUCGAGGCAUAG